AUGAGUGCGAAGUCAAAGUGGUUAGCUGGCGAUGUUCCAAGCGAAUCCAAAUAUGAGAGAGCGAGAAAGCUUCUUGCGAAAGCGCGUGAAUCAGAGCCACCUCCUAGAGUUAUGAUGAAGUCAGCGAAAUUAGAAUGGGCUUUGGAUUUUGCAAAGCUUUGGAUGAUGAAAGGGCAAAUUAAAGAACAACAAGGAAAGUUAUAUGAAGCUAUUGACACUUAUAAUAAUGGAAUCAAAACUUGUCCAACUUUAAUCCCACUUUGGUUGUUGUUGUCAGGUUUGGAAGAAAAAAGAGGCGUCUUAACAAAAGCUCGAUCAAUUCUUGAACGCGGUCGUUUGAAAAAUCCCAAAACUGCUAUUUUAUGGCUUGAAGCAAUAAGAAUUGAAAUUCGAGCUGGUAACAAGGAAAUGGCGAACACUUUGUUAGCUCGUGCACUUCAAGAGUGCCCAACAGCUGGUGAACUUUGGUCAGAAGCAAUUUUCUUGGAGAAUCGUCCACAAAGAAAGGCCAAAUCAGUUGAUGCACUUAAGAAGUGUGAACAUAAUCCAAAUGUUCUUCUUGUUGUAUGA